CACUCAUUCUUCAAGUCUUUCAUAUAUCUUCAACUUUGUUCUUUCAUGUCAAUGGCAAACCAGCUCUCAGCUUUCAACCUUUUGCUAAUUCUCAUUUCUCUCCUCAUCUUCACUAUGAACUCAGAGGCAAUGGCUGUAGCAAAUAAAGGUGAACAGGUGGAGCAAUUCAAGUUUGCAGUGAACAGUGAGCCUGUAAGGCCACCAAUAAUCCAUAUACACGGGCAUAAUAAGGAUGGCAAUGCUUUAUCAGUCCCUCCAGCUGCCCAGAAUCCAGCAAUUGGGCUAGAGAAGGUGCAAGGUCGCGAAGGGGAAAACACAUGGUGCAUUUCUAAGCCUUCAACUGCACCUCGGCAACUUAUUGACAACAUAAAUUUCUGCUGCGACCAACCAGUGAUUAACUGCAGUAAUAUUGAACUUGGUGAUUGCCCAAACAACAUCUACUUACAGGCUUCAAUUGUGAUGAAUCUCUACUACAAGGCCAUGAAUAAGCAACCCCAAACCUGUGAUUUCCAGCAGACUGGUCUUAUUGUCUCUCAGGAUCCAUCUUUAGGAGAAUGCAAAUUUGAAGAAUGAUGAUGAGGAGGGAAUGCAAAUAUGAGUAACAGAUAUCUCAUACUAAAUGAAGUAAAUGACUUGAUGUUAAAAAUGU